UAAAAAGUACCUAUCCCAUGUAUUGAUCCGAGGUAUCAGAUCAGCUGCCUCAUUACCAAAUUUCAUACAUUUUGGCCCAACUGUUUGACCGCGAAGUAGUAAACAUACUCACAAACCACAAUACGAAUUUCCCUUACAAACAAUUUUUAAGAAUACAACAAUAAAAAAUCUUUUUAAAUUGGUUACAUAUUAGAAAAAAAAGGAUCACUAACAAUUGAUAUAUCCAUCACUUGGGUAAGCGGUGUCUUGUUUUUGGAAUAUUUUAACAUUGUAUGUUAAUCGUUCCAUAAUAAUGUUCGUUUAAAACAUUAGCACAUCUCAAUUAAUGACAUCACAAUUAUAAAAAGAGAAUAGAAUACGUUUUUAUACUUUUUUUUCCUUAGCGUGUUGUCCGCUCCAUAUCCUCCCGCGGGUCGUAUGAGGCGAAUAAGUGUCAGCCUAGGCAGCUGAUAGGCAACAAUAGCAUCACCAUGGAGGGUUGACGUCACUUACCAUGUCAUGUCAGGUGAAGGUGGAACAAGGGGUGUUACAGGGGAAGAGGGUGACCUCGUGUAACGGCAAAACGUUUUAUAGUUUCGAAGGGAUUCCUUAUGCUAAACCGCCUAUAGGGCAGCUUAGAUUUAAAAAUCCAGAAGACCCAGAAUGUUGGACAGGGAUCAGAGACGCAACAAAACCAGGCAACAAGGCCUGCCAACCUAACCUAUCCACAGCCAAGAUAGAAGGUUCGGAAGAUUGUCUAUACUUAAACGUGUACACCCCAUGCCUACCAGCCGAACAGGUGAAGAAUCUCCCUGUUUUAUUUUUCGUACACGGAGGCCGUUUGCUUUUUGGGUACGGAGAUUGGUACAAUCCGGACUACUUUAUCGAAAACGACGUCAUUUUUGUAACAAUCAAUUACAGAUUGAAUAUCUUGGGCUUUUUAUGUCUAAACAUACCGGAAGCCCCGGGAAAUGUUGCGUUGAAAGAUACGAUAAAAGCAUUGAAAUGGGUUAACAAAAAUAUACACAGUUUUAAUGGAAAUUGUCUUAAUAUUACCGUCAUUGGAGAGAGCGCCGGUGCAGCUGUGGUUACAUCAUACAUGGUGACCAAAUUGGCUGAUGGUAUGUUCAAUAAAGUAAUAGCACAGUCGGGGAAUAUAUUAGCAGAUGUAAUUAUGACUGUUGACGAUCCUAUAGAAGGGGCUAAGCAUAUAGCCUCGCUGUUGGGCAAAGAAAUCGAUGAUGUUAAAAGUUUACACGAGUUUUUCAUGAAUUGCCCUGUAGAUGAGUUAUUAAAUGCUUAUUUCAUGGCGGAAUUCAAUCGACCGCCUUACGUUAUUAGGCCGUUUUUAACUGUAGUUGUUGAGAAGAAGUUUCAUAAAGUCGAGCGAUAUUUUUCCGAGCAUCCCGUGCAAAGUUUCAAAUGUAAUAGGUAUAAAAAAGUGCCAGUGCUGCUUGGGAGUUCGACACACGAAGGCGCGCUUUUUAUAAGAAAAAAUGGCAAAGAUAUUAUAUACGAAAACGAUCUUAAUUAUUUUGUGCCGAGCUACAUAACUUUCGCAGAUGAAGUUGAAUCAUCACUAUUCCAAAUAAAAUUGAGACAAUAUUAUUUUCGAGGCAGAGAAAUUAAUGACGAAUGGAAAUUAGAAUUCGCGAAUUUGUUGUCGGACUCAUUUUUCGAUAGAGACAUCGUAUUGUUCCCGGAAUUGAUAUCAAAAACUCAGAAUGUAUAUGUCUAUAACUUCUCUUAUAUUGGCAAUUUGAAUAUAAGAGCUAUGAAGGAUUUGGGCUUUAAAGGAACGACCCAUGGGGAUAUAAUACAAUAUUUGAUAUAUAGGAAAAACAAGGCAGUAAUGGCGACGGACAAAGAUAUGAAAAUUACGAAAUUUCUGAGCGAGUGUUGGUGUAAUUUCGCAUUGGAAGGUUCGCCGUCAUGGAAAGACCAAACUUUUGUGUGGGAGCCAUACAAACCUAACGCACGGCUGUGUUUAGACAUAAAUGAAAAUAAAAAAAUGAUUGUAAACCCUAAGUAUAAUAGAUACAAGUUUUGGGUCGAUUUAUGCGCUGUACGGGCCAAAAUAUAAAUUCAAAAUAAUUUUUAUAUUUUUUUAAUAUAAAAGUUUAAUAAUCCCGUAAUAUCAUAUAUCUUAAGUUUUACAACUUGUUACCGACGCACAAGAUACUUUGGACCUGUUUCACCGCUUACUGAUAAAUUAUCUGAUAGAUAAAGUGUAUUUUUUUUUUCAAAUGUAUUGGAUAGGAUCUUGCCGAUCAUAUCGGGCUGAUUUAUCUACUGGUUAGUUUGUCUGUCAGAUUACAAUAUAACAUUUUAUCAGAAAGAGGCGAAAGCAGGCUUUUCUGAACAUGUUUUUUUUUUUUUGCAAAAAAGUGUCUCAAGAAAAUAUCCUAAAACUUAUAAAUAUGUGACUAUAAUUUACGGAACACUCGGACGCGAUUUCGUCUCACACUUUGUGAGAUAUGAUAAAGCUUUAUAUAUAACGUAGAGCUCGAAUAUUAUUGCUAUCUCUUUCAUCAUCCGUGUCCCCACCUCCCUCUCUUAUAUAUUCCGAGGCUUAUAUAUAGGUAUUUGUGUUUUGUUUGGUAGUUGUGUUUCACAUCGAUAUAUAUAUAUAUAUAUAUUAUAAUCAGCACUCUGAUCACCAUCAUAACCUGUUUUGAUAUACCAUUUGACUAUGUACAUUAUGUAAAUAUUAUUAGAAAGAAAAAAAUCAUUGUAAGAAACAAUAAUGGUAAGCCGAUCUGGCAUGAUAGGGACCAACACUGUUCAAAUGAGUUUCUUUCGGCAUUUCUUCUCAGCAUUGGUCGUUCCGAAAUGCCAGUAGUUUGUAGCUUGUGAGAAAUAACUAUAAAUAUUGACGAGAAAAAGUGCCUGUGAAGGUCUAAUUUCUGAAUAAAUUAUUUGAAUUUGAAUUCGGUACCAGUCCGUUUUUUUACGAGUGCUAAUAUGUAAACGAUUUUAACAUAAUAGAAUUUUGUUAAAAAAGAAAUCAAAUAUUAGUUAAAAUCUAAACAUCCCAAAGUAAAACAUUAACCACGAAAGUAAUUUCCUAUCUUUUUUCAUUUAUAUUCUUAUUGAAGAGCUAUGCUCUUGUCGGUGGAGUAUACGCCACGCCUCUCUAUCCUCGGCUUUGCUUUUAAGGUCUCGAUACGACACAACGCCUGCCUUCUCUUUCAGUUGCUCGCAUAACUCUUCCUCGGUCUCCCUGGACCUUCUUCCUUUCACCUUUCCUUCAAAAAUGGUUUUAAAUAAGGCGUCGUGUCGUAUCAUGUGGCCAAUCAUUCUUCCCCUUCUAUUUUCUAUUUCUGUCAGCAGUCUUCGUUUUUUCUCUCUGUCCAGCUUAUUUUUUCCGUCCUUCUCCAGCACCAAAUUUUUAUAUUGAGGUAAAAUCAUAAAAAGACAAAGAUAUGAUUGUCACAAGAAGACUUGUAAGAAAAAAACAAACUGUGUAAUAAUGACUUUAACCACAAAAGAGAGUUCGGGUCACGGAUGAUAGAGACAGCAAUAUAUAUAGGGUUACUGGUAUCAAACGCAAAACCUAAUGAAGACUACUUAAGAACAUCAAAACAAACAACUUUUACUCUAAGACUUUUCGUGAUUCUUCGAAAAUUAAAUUAAUUUCGAAAAAUACAAUCUAAUUUGCGAUUCUACAUAUUAACUCUAUGUAAUAGCCAAGUACGUUUUAGACGUAAAGUCGUAGUACAAAAGAUGUUAGUCUCUAUGUACCUUAUGCGCCUUAGAUACCAGUAACCCUAUAUAUCUUGCAUCAAAUACUUAUUCCCAUGUACUUACUAUAUCCAUGCUUAUUACAGUUUGUCAAGAAAGUAAGAAAUUGAAUGAGGCGCUGUCUCCUGUCUAUCUGACAGCGCUGGGUGUUUAUCGAACGAUCCUGACCAUCCUAUUUGGUAUUGCAAUAGCAAAAAAUUCAGUCAAAAAUAUCUUAUUUUCUUGACUGACUGUAGAAGUGCGAGUUCUAGAAUUAGCUACAUAAUAUAUGAAUUGACCAAUAUUGUUAUUGUAAAUUAUAUUUAAAAGUGCAAUUUAGCUGUGAUUUUUAUAAACGAGUGUGUAUUAAACGAUGUAUUUUUAUUAUGUGUUGGUAUUUCAAAUAUUUAUGGCAAAAAAAUGUGUCCGCGACGUAAUUUCUUUAUUAUGGAUAUGUGUUUUUAUGUUACACAAUAAAUGGGUUUGGCUAUUA